UACCAGGAUUUGGAUUACCUAAUAUAGCAAAUUCAAUUUAUUCCAUUGAUCGUAAAAAAAACUAUAAAUUUUUCCAUUACACUGCUUAAACAAUCUUGUUUGCGUUUGUUUAACGAGUAUCUAUCUAUUUCAGUCAGAAAGUAUGGCUACUACUAACCAACUGAAGCAACUUGCAGAAAGAUCUCGUAAGGUUGCAAAUGCAAUCGUAAAACAAGACAUACCGACCAUUGAGCGAAAUUUGGAACAAAUUGAAAAACAGUCGCGUAAACUUGCUGAUAAAGUUAUAAAACCUGGAGAAGAACCUGAAAGAAAAGCCCCCUAUUUUUUAGCGAAUAUUGGGAUUGAUGGUGAUAGAUUAUCACAAGAAGUUAAGAGUAUAAAUGUAUUGGGUGCUUUUGAACCACGGGAUAUUUUACCAGAUACAGAUGUUGAGAAAUUUAUUGAACAUAAACAUCAACAGACGAUUUCCAAUAUUAUUAAAGAUGGACAUACACAGACCAUAAAUGAUUAUAACGCCUAUUUUGAUCGAUGUCUUAUACAAGAUUGGGACAAGACAAAAAGAAAAGUUUUCGAAGAACUCGGUCAGCAUAUUCCAACUGGUACUUCCAGUAAUAGUUCUGAUUUAUUUUCUACACCAGGGAAUAGUCGUUCUAUAUUUCAAACUCCAUUGAGAGGGGCUCCUUCAGGAAGUUUUCCUGGACCUUCAACCCCGAGAUCAUCUUAUGUAACUGCAGGAGAAAGAACAGUAUCAUUCAGGAGCGAAUCAGCUUCACAAUUAAAUCAGAGACAUCUGAUAUAUUUUGAUAUCGUAUCUAAGUUGAACAAUUUUAGAUUAUCGAAGAUAGAGUAUGGUGUUGUAAAUGAAUUUACAAAUGCCGCCAAAAAACUUGGUGUAGAUUAUGUAAAAAAAUUAGUUCAAUGUUGGCAGAGUCUUAUAUCGAUUGUUGGAGAAAAUAAUGUUAUAGAUGGGCGUUUUGCCCGUUAUCCUUUAAAAGAACGCCAUUAUGCUAAAUCAUAUAUGGCACCUGCUUCAAGUCCGGAGAAUAAAGAACUCUACAGAAAUUUAUUAAACGGGGCGAAACGUUAUCUGGAAGAAUCAUAUCGCGCAUAUUCAUUAGAAUAUGUGAAUUCAUUCCGUACCGAAGCUCUAUUAGGCGGACAGCCGUCCGUAAGUAAUACAGCUCGUGCUAUGCUACGUGCUAUCCAUAGACCUAAUGGAGGAAUUCCAAUAAAUAACUUAACGAUGGCGGAAAAUAUCCCAAUAUGGGGACACAUUUAUAUUUUGCUUCGUCAAGGUCAUUAUCAGGAUGCUUUGCAGGUUGCAGAAGGUUAUAAAAGCAACUUUUCAAAAACAGACCAGACGUUUAUCGUAUAUUUUACAAAAUAUAUAAAUAACAAUAAUAGUCUUCCUUCGGAUGACCGACAAAAAUUAAUGACAGAAAUUAAACAAUGGCCACCUUUUCCACAUUUAUAUGACCCGUAUAAAUGCUUACUAUAUCAAAUAAUUGCUCAGAUGGAAGAAUUACCCCAAAGGCCACCGACAGACAGUAUUAGUCCUACAUUUGAAGAUUUUAUGUGGUUGCAUCUAAUGUGUAUUAGUGAAAUAGAUAUGGAAAGUAAAACCGGUUCAGAUAUUCUCUCACUUGAGAGAUUUCAAAAGAAAGUACGGGAUUUAGGCCCCGCUCAUUUUAAUCAUAGUGGUAAAGAUCCUAUGCAAUAUUUCCGUGUUUUAUUGUUAACUCUUCAAUUUGAAAAGGCGAUAUAUUAUCUCUACCAUGAGUAUACUGAGGAUGCUGUACAUUUUGCUAUAUCACUUGCAUAUUAUGGAUUACUUAGAGUUCCAGAAUCUGCAGAAGCUAUGGCAUUAAUUAUUGAUGAAGAUGAAUCUCGUCCAAAGCUUAAUUUUAACACAAUUAUAUAUCAAUAUGUGCGUAAAUUAGCCAAUGAUAAAGCUUCUAGCACAGCAUUCCAAUACCUUAUUUUACUUUGUCUGUAUGGAAACCGCCAAACAGACAGUGGACGACAUCAGGUUGAGUUAUGUCAUUAUUAUGUUAGGCAACUUGUAUAUGACACAGAAGCGUUUUCAGAAUUGGUUGGUGAUGUUCGGAGUAGAGAGGGCCAAAUAAAAAAAUAUAUGCCUUUAAUGUACAUUGAUGAUGAACAAGAAUUCAAUGAAAUUAUUGUUUAUGAACUUGCUCAACAGUGUGUUGAAGAUGGAAAAUUUAAAGCAGCUCAGAGUCUUUAUGAAUUAACAGAGAAUUAUGAGAAAAUCAUUGUGUUGCUUAAUAAGAUGUUAGCGGAAUAUAUAUGGGUUUCCAUUCAAGGUGUUUCAAUGCAACCAGAAAGUGCACAGGAAUUGAAUCCUCAAGAAAUUAAAAAAGUGUUACAGGAUUAUAAAAAACAUCAAAUAAUAAUGAGAUUACCAGCAGAACGUAUACAGACGUGUGAAAAAUUACUCGGUCUGGUUGACUUUAUAGAAUUGUAUAAAAAACAAGAUUUUGAGAAUGCCCUUAGUGUUAUACAAAAUGUUGACCUCUUUCCCUUUGAAGAAGAUGUUAGCAUAAUUAAACAAAAAGCUGCUGCAAUAGAUGGGUUUGAUGGUCAAUUGAAGAACUGUGUGGCAGAACUUCUACUUAUCACAAUGCGCUGUAUACAUUCACGUUAUGAACAAUUGAAAGAACAAACUUCAUUUAUGUCACCGAGUCCUUCGAAUAAACAUUUAGAUGAUACUUUUGUUCUUCGACAAAAGGCUAAAUGCCUAGUUUCAUUUGUAGGAUAUUUAAAAUCAAGGUUAUCCAUCUGUUUAAAAUUUUUAUUGUUAUAUUCAUGAGACUUAUAACUAACUUCAUUCGUUUCUUAAUUAUAGCGCAAUUACAUCAGACGUUUUUCAAAAAUUAAACGAGUUCGAAGUUCUAAUGAGAUAAAUGGAUCAGCUGAUCGUAAAUUUGCAAGUAAAUUAUAUUACAAUAAAUAAAUAAAUAAAUAAUAAAAAAAGAUACAUAAAUUAAAUAAUCCCAUACGU